GCACAACUAUUCUCGGUUGAGAAACGUCUUCAAAGAUCUAAUCUCUGCUCUACUCUAGACCAAUCUCCAGGUGUUUGCUUGGCAGAACAAGAUUGCCCUGAAGUAACAGAAGGACUUUAUUUUCCUUCAUUUUGUGAAAAGGAUGAUAAUGAAGUCGGGGUGUGCUGUAAGCUUCCAGAUCAAGAGACAUCAACAGUACAAGUAAACGUAACAACAACAUCAUUGUCAACAACAACAACAGCAACAACACUAGAUGAUCCAGCAAUAACAUCAACAUCAAAAACAAUCCUCGAUUUUGGGGAGACCAGAGAAGAAGAUCCUUUCUUGAAACCUGAGGAUGCAGAGUCCAGAAAAGAAAAAUGUGGAAGAAUAGCUUUCUAUUUUCCAGACUCUGAAUCUCAGGUUCAGGUUGGAAGUAUGGAUUGGUCCGAGGUGCUCCAACCUAGAUUGAGAACUAUUGUCGGAGGUGAUAUUGCAGCAGAGCAAUCCCUUCCCUGGACGGUUGCUCUGGGUACAACAGAUACUGGAGCUGAGAACUAUUUCUGCGGUGGGACUCUUAUAUCCAGCAGGUUUGUACUGACUGCAGCACACUGUAUAGAGGCCCUUGGAGCAAACCCUGUUCUCCUUCUAGGAACAACAAAUCUUUCAGACAGCUUAGGAAUCAGGAGAAAGAUGAGAAGAAGUAUUCUACAUCCGGCUUGGUCCAACAUACCUGGUGUUCCUCAGGACGACCUUGCUCUGGUGGAGUUAGAUUCUCCUGUUGAUCCAAACUCUGGAGCAGAACCUAUCUGUUUACCUUCACCUAAGAUAGAUAUAGUUAACAGGACUGGAUUAGUAUCAGGUUGGGGUAGACUGGUGAGCAAUGGUCCUACUUCAACCCUGCUCCGGGUAGCAGAAGUAACAGUAUUGGAUCCUCAAUCUUGUCUUCAGGUUUACGGAGAAAUAUUUAGUGAUGGGUCUGGACUAGUCUGUGCUAGAGGGAAACAGCUAGCUGCCGGAGAAGAUAAAGAUGACCGUCAGGUUGUCAAGGCUGGAUAUGUUACUGACGCAUGCCAAGGAGAUAGUGGUGGAGGAUUAUUUUUGGAGGAGGAGGAUCAUACUUUACUCAUUGGAGCAGUUUCAGGUGGAGUAGGAUGUGGACUGGAGAAGUAUCCGGGUAUAUAUGUUGAUGUGAGAGCUUACGUAGGAUGGAUUCUGGAAUACGUGACAGAGAGAUGAAAUACGUGACAGAGAGAUGAUUUGAAAAUCUAAUUGGAAUUAUUAUUGAAUAAAAAUAGAGUUCUUUAAAUAAGUAAA